AAGGCCGAAGAGUUGUCGCUGCGUGGGACUUGCCAGUCAGUCUGCGUCUUCCACCUGGGUUAAAGUAAAGGACUCGAGGGUUUUCCGGAGUUAGAUCAGGUGUUUUGGUUGCUUGAACGUCACUUUUUGAACGACACAGCCCUCGUUUUAUUAAUCUGCCGUUGAGUUUUGUAAAGCAGUCCAAAAACGCACAGCAAUGUUUGAGACCAGUCAAGAUGACCUGUUCCUGUUCCCUACUGAAGGCCUGAAUGAGGCUUUUUUCCCUGAGGCAGAGGGUUUAGGGCAAGGGAGCCAGUCUCUUGCUGAGGCUUUGCUUCCCCUGGUUGAGUCUCCAUCAUCCCCUCCGAUUACCCCGUGGCUCUGCUCCACCCGCUACAAGACCGAACUGUGCAGCCGCUAUGCUGAGACUGGUACCUGCAAGUAUGCCGAACGCUGCCAGUUUGCCCAUGGCCUUCAUGAUCUCCACGUUCCCUCCCGCCAUCCCAAAUACAAAACCGAGCUGUGUCGUACCUACCACACCGCCGGCUACUGCGUUUAUGGCACGCGAUGUCUGUUUGUGCACAACCUUAAAGAGCAAAGGCCCGUCCGUCCCCGGCGCAGGAAUGUACCAUGCCGUACCUAUCGUGCGUUCGGGGUUUGCCCUUUUGGCACUAGAUGCCACUUUCUUCAUGUCGAGGGUGGCUCUGAAUCAGACAGUAGGGAGGAAGAACGAACCUGGCCGUCUCCGUCACAAUCCCAAGAGUGGAAGCCUCGCGGUGCCCUCUGUCGCACCUUUAGCGCUUUUGGUUUCUGUCUGUAUGGCACCCGUUGCCGGUUCCAGCACGGGCUUCCCAAUACAAUCAAAGGAGUCAACUUGAACCGCACAUCCUGGCCUCAUCAGAUGCCCAACGGUGGAUCGAUUUCGCCAGACUCGGACAUGUGUUCAUCUCCAUCUCCGCCUCCAUCUGCUUUGGCCUCGCCGGUGUUCCCCGAUGGCUCUGGUCCGAUCACGCCUCCGUCCGUGGAAGCGGUGGCCAACAAUGCGUUCACCUUCAGCAGCCAACAUCUGAAUGACCUGCUGCUACCUCUGGCCCUCAGGCUCCAGAUGUUGGAGAAAGCUAGCAAUGCUGGUCCUCAAGAUGCUCUAAUGUGAAUCCUGUGGUGGGAUCCCAGAAGUUAACCACUAUAAACUUGACUGACUACUGUGCUAAAUUUAUAUUUAACUAGUUUUUAUUAGUAAGUGUACAGUCUUUUUGCCACUUUUAACUGCUUUUGAGACUUCUCAAGUGUUUGCUUUUUAUCUUAAAGUCUGUCUUGUACUUCAGAGGCCACUUAUUGACAGACUGAACUAAGUCUGUAACUAAGACUUGUUUUAUGUGUAUAUAUGACGGAUUUGACUAUGAAUGUUUUUAAGUGAUUUUAAAAAUAAGUGACUUAAGUUAUAUUGGUAACAGCAUCUUUAUAUCUCAAUAAAACUUCCU